GAGAGAGCAUAUCAGGAGGCAACCGAGAAGGGGAGGGAGAGCGAGGUAGCAGCCAGCGUGACAGAUAAGAGCGUGGCAGAACUUGUCUCCUCGACUGCACCGUUGGGGCUGGGGAAAGAGACAGCAGGUGCACCAGGGUGUCAGGCAAGACUGCUGCCUGCACACACACACACACACACACACACACACACUGACACACACACACACACACACACAUACAUACACGCACACACACUGACAGACAGACAGACAGACAGACAGAGGGACCCCUCUGCCCGCCUGCACCAGAGGAAGUUCAGAGAGAAGACUGACCUUAAGAAGGUACAGUAUUUCCGUGCAUCUAUAGUUUUGGAGUUGUGUCCCCCUCCUUUGCAUCGGAGUCAUUACCAACAAAUCAGCUGCACUCACUUGACGCUCCUCUUUAUUUUCCAGAGGAGCUGUGUGUUUCCGCUCUAGAGGAACUUGCCGUGUGUGUUUACAGCCUGAGGGAGGAUGGACAUGCUGUCAGGAAAAGACAAGGAGCUGAUACGAGGCAGCUGGGAGAGCCUCGGCAAGAACAAAAUUCCUCAUGGUGUCAUCAUGUUUUCCAGGCUGUUUGAGCUGGACCCCACGCUCCUCACUCUGUUCCACUACACCACGAGCUGCGGCUCCACACAAGACUGCCUCGCCAGCCCCGAGUUCCUGGAUCACGUCACCAAGGUGAUGCUUGUGAUCGAUGCAGCGGUCAGCAAUCUGGACGACCUCCCCUCCUUGGAGGACUUUCUGCUCAACCUCGGGAGGAAGCAUCAGGCGGUGGGAGUCCACACGCAGUCUUUUGCUGUGGUGGGUGAGUCCCUGCUGUACAUGCUGCAGUGCAGUCUGGGCCAGGCCUACACGGCGCCGCUGCGUCAAGCCUGGCUCAACAUGUACAGCAUCGUGGUAGCAGCCAUGAGCCGAGGCUGGGCCGAGAACGGGGAGGACAAGGCCGACUGAGGCGCCGCAGCCGGAGCUGCCGAGCUGUCAAACGAAUCAACAUGGUUGCCAUGGAAUAAGGUUGUGUAACUUGCUGCAUUGUGGCUUCGGCCGCUGUACAUUAGCUCUUUGAGCGCCGCAGCGUGGCGAAGCGAAUGUAUGGUGUGGUUACACUUUACAGUUGGAUCCAUUGCAGAGUUUUUUUUCUCCCUUUGCUGCGGAUGUUUAGCGACCCAACGAGUACGGCGGUUCUGAGCCAGCCAGCUUUGGUUCUUCUAAGUGUCGGAAACCGAAAUCUGUGCGCCUCACUCUGAGAGAGCGCAAACGAGGAUACAUACCGGUUGAGUCUCUUUGUAUAUAAUGGCAUUGAUAUAUCUACGCAAAUAACACUGGCUGUAGUGGUCUUUGAUGUAUCUUAAAAGAGUCGCACAAUUGUGAAACACUAGAUAUCCUAUUUAGGCAUCAACUACUCAAACUGUGAUGGUUACUGUGGCCAGCGUGGCAGCUCUCUUUCUAACUGGAACACAGUGAUCCUGUACACGACAUGUUCAAAGUUUUGGGACAAAGCAAUGGAACUAUACGGAAGAAAGUCCUUUCACCUUAAUCCUAAUCAUACUGUGUUUUUUCUAUUACACCUACAUGUGUGUGACACUUUGUUGUCCAACAUUUCUAUUUUCAACAGAUACUGACUAGAACUGUUACAAUCUCUGAUAGGUCUCUUCAGCGAUCUAUGACUGUUAAGGCAUCGAUGUGCACCGUACUCAAAAUGGUGCGCGAUGUGAUUGUUUCAAUAGGCUCCAGCUGUCUGUUAAACUCUAGCUCAUAGACUGUUAACUCUUUACCCUGCAGCCAAGGGCAUCUUUGGGGAAUGAUAACAUCUUUUGUUCCUCGGCCAUCAGCUUCUAGUCUUUGUUAGUGUAAGGUGGUUUUUCUUGUGAUGUAAUCGCUUAUCUUAGUAGUGCUUAUUAACAGUAUUUUAAAUGAAGCAUUACCUCAGCUUUAGAGUGGCUCGUGGUUCUCCAACACGUGGAAGUGGAGCUGGACGUGAAUAUUUAUUUUUGCAUUAUGACACAAGGGGCAAACUGGAUUGAUGGAGAUUGUUUCCUUUUAAUUUGCUCAACACAGAAAAUAAUCAUACAGAUACUUUAUGCUGUCGCUGACCAAUAUGUGUGUGUUAUUAUUAUUGCUGACAUAACACUGUAUGUAUCAUCCUCAGCUGUUGUUGACAUUCAUGGUCAUAACGCCAAGUAACUUAGCAACAGUUGCCAAGUAUUAGGUAAUAACACCAUACAACUGUAAAUCCAAGCUGCUGAUGUGUGGUUAUUAUCGCUUUAGUCCAAGUUUACAUUUACAAAGUUUAUUUUUAUAUCUUGAAAUGUAUGUGUUGUUAAAGAGCAUUGUUUUUUUUGUUUUUCUUCAAACAUAGUUAUAUCCUCCAGAUAUAUUACCUUGUGUGGGUUAUACUUAAUUAAAAUAAUAUAUACAGUUGAUGAUAUAUAUAUAUCAUAAACUUCUAAAUGUCUAGUCCUUACAGAAAAUGAAUAUGAACUGAUUGUGGUGUAUUUAUAGUGGUUCUUGUCUUCGUAUCAGUACACAGCCCUAAGCGGGUAGUUCUUCACAUCUUUGUUUUCAGUUAUCUGACAUUAAGUCCUUUUAUCCGGCAUGGUUGAUAACUGGAAUGUUUUCCUGUAAACAUCCAGCUGUGUACAUAUUGGGUGUGUCACUGUCUACCUCAUCUUAAUCAGCUGCUAUUGAACAGUGAUGACUUCACCUAGUUAUCCUUCAACCAAAAACGCACAAUAUUACUAUUAACUUAAUGCAAGAACGCACUCUUUGUAAACUGGAUUCCACCCUAAACAAAACCUGUUGUGUGCGUAUUUGAGACUAAAUAAAGUGUUCUUCUGUGGAUA